AUGGCGGAUAAGAGCUCGCCCGAAGAUGAGACGAAGAAGGAGAAGGAGAAACAGGGCGUUGCGGAUCCAGAUUUCUUCUGCUGCAUCCUUCAGCCUUCCCCUCCCAACUCCGAUCCCAAUUACAUUGGAAUUCGUCGCCUUCUUCUCCAUAGGAAGGCCCAAUCUGGUGCUCUUCGCCGCAAGGAUUGGAGAUGCAAUGGAAAAGGUUAUGUGGCCUACCGCAAUUAUAUUAGCAGGCAAAGGAACUGGGAAAGUAGCCACCCAAGCAGUCCUGGAAAUAGUGGGCGGUGGAUAUCAUCUCCAGGUCCACUCUCCCUUUAUGAGAUGGACAGCUGGAGUGCUAGCAGGGACCCACGAAGUGACAGUGCAGCUUUGAGUCAUAGUCCCAGCUUUGGCUCCAAUGCAAGUGAUGUUGAUCACCCACGUAAAAGAGCUGAACCUGGGUAUUCCUUUGUGGGGAUGCAUUGCGUCUUUGACCAAUGCAAAGCCAUGGUCACAGUUGUGAAGUUUGGUCAUAUGAGUUCUGAUCUACUUGCAUAUGGGGCAUCAGAUGGCACCUUGACAGUUUGCACUGUCUCCCAGCCUCAUUCAGUUAUCAAGCAAUUAGUAGGGCAUUCAAAAGAUGUCACAGAUUUCGACUUCACUUCCAACAAUCAAUAUAUUGCAUCCUCUUCAAAGGAUAAAACUGUGAGAAUAUGGGAGGUAUCUAGAGGCCUUUGCAUCCGGGUGAUAUAUGGAACUUCUCCUCAAUUUUCUAUUCGAUUUCAUCCUGUAAAUAACAACUUCCUUUCUGUUGGCAAUGCAAAUGAAAUCACUGUGUUCAAUUUCAGCACUGGGAGAAUAAUUAAUAAAAUAGUCUUUGGAAAUGAAGUUACUGCUCUGGACCAUGAUCACACUGGUCAACUUAUUUUCUGUGGUGAUGCUCAGGGAUGUAUAUACACAGUUUCUAUGGACUCUCACACAGGCUCAUUAUCUCGGUCCCAUCGUAAUCGAUCUGGCAGCAAACGCAAAUCUCCAGUAACAACUGUGCAGUACAGAACAUUUUCGCUGCUAGCUCAGGGACCUGUGUUGCUGACAUUUACACAAGAUGGAAGUCUAUCUUUCUUUAGUGUUUCACUGGAGAUACAAGGUUAUUUGACACUCCGUUGCUCGCUAAAACUGGUCCCGCGGAUACACAGCAUCCGAGCUUCCUUCUGCCCUCUGCUGUCCCUUGAAAAAGGAGAAUACAUAGUUGUUGGAAGCGAGGAUUCAUGUGUCUAUUUCUAUGACUUAACUCGGCCGAAGCAUGCAUGUGUAAACAAGCUACAGGGACAUAGUUACCCCGCUAUAGGUAUUGCUUGGAACCAUGGAGAGAACUUGUUGGCUUCUUCUGAUUUUGGCGGCACUGUUAUUGUUUGGAAGAGAGCAAAGACCACUUAAUCAUGUUCAGAGGUUGUGAUGUGAAAUACUAUUUAAGAAAUGUCGCCCAAUAUCUGUUCAGGCUGAGGAUCUGUUUAUGCAGGCGUUUGUUUUGGAACACCGUUACCGUAUCAUUGUUCGGACACUUGUACUGUUGGAAAUUAGUAGAAUUAGAUCUGCCCUGCUUAGACAAAUUCGGUAAGCAUAUUAAAAAUGUGAAGCACAGGAGGACCGUACACGAAUGAUAUUGUAAUAUGUACAAGAGACCAAUUUAUUUGUGCAGUUGAGUUGUUUGAAGCUCUAUAUAGAUUGAUGCAA